AUCCUUUGUGGUGACUUCAAUGCCCAUCAACCCUGGUGGAAUUCAGAAGUUCAACAGCAAAUCAGAGGUGACUCUCUAGUGGACUGGUUUAUAGCUAACAGGUGUGAUCUGGUCAACUACCCUGAUACUCCUACCUACAACUACAGACAAGGAAAUGGGACUUCAAUAUUGGACUUAACACUAGGCACUCCUGAUAUCUUUGACAGGCUAGUUGACUGGGCUGUGGAUCAGGAUGCACAUACUGGAAGUGACCAUGAGGUGGUAAGAUUCUCCCUAGUAUUGGAUGCUAACUACUUAGUUCCAAGUCCUAUGAGCAACAAAUUCAACUGAAAGGCAGCAGAUUGGAAAUCUUUUCACAAGACACUGCAGGAAUUAAUGGCUAAGUCUUCCCCUACAUUUACUCUCCUGCUUUAUAAUGGUACAGCUGAAUUCUUAGACCAGGCUGCAUGUAUUCUCACAGACUCAAUUCACCAGUCUCUCUCUCUACAUAUUCCUCUUAGCAAACCUUGCUCUAGAUCAAAGAGGUGGUGGACUGAGGAACUUGCAAGUAUGAGGACUGAGAUGGCCAAAUGCUGCAGAAUAUGGAAACACUGCAGACUUGAGACUGACUACACUGACUACAAAAGAUCUAGGAAUGGGUACUUUAGGAAAAUCAGAGCCAGCAAAUCUAACAGCUGGAAGGGUUUCCUCAACUCUGCUAGGGGUCAAGAUAUCUUUACUGCAGUUAAGUAUACUAGACCAACUAAGUCCCUCAAAAGUGCUCCCUUAUCUUUUGACCUACAGUGUACUACUGACUUUGAUAGUAAGUGCAUGAUGUUCAGAGAAGCCAUGUUCCCUAAUCCACCUGCAAGCAAAACAACUUUCAACCCUGAGGAUAGAGAAAUAGAUAAGUGCUUUCCCUGGUAUGAUAUUACUGACAAGGAGGUGAAAGAUGCAAUCUUCAAAUCUGCACCUCAUAAAGCUCCAGGACCUGAUGGUAUUAACUUUCUUUGUCUGAGGCAAGUGUAUCAUGCAAUUCCUAUCCCUCUUGUUAAGUUAUUUCAAACUGUACUGAAGACAGGGUAUCAUCCCCAAUGCUGGAGAGAGGCAACUGGAGCUAUAAUCAGAAAACCUAACAAAGCAGACUACACUACCCCCAAAGCUUAUAGACCUGUCUCUCUGCUAAACUGCUUAGGAAAGAUUUAAGAAAAGAUAAUGGCCAACAGACUAGCUUACAUUGCAGAAACUAAAGGCCUUCUUCACUCAGAGCAAAUGGGAGGAAGGAAAGGAAGAAGUACAGUGGAUGCAGUGAUGGCAUUAACACAUGAUAUUCAGCAGGCUAAGUUGAAUGGUAAAGUCCUUUCUGCCCUCUUUGUUGAUGUUAAAGGUACAUUUGACCAUGUUAGUAAAACACAACUACUCUUGGUGCUACAGUCUUUAGGAUUUCCUCCACCAGUUCUUACUUAGACAGAUAGCUUCCUCUCCAACAGGAAACUGGGGUUAGCUUUUGAUAGACAAAGACAACCUCUCCUGCCAGUCAACACAGGCAUUCCUCAAGGGUCUCCCAUUUCACCCAUCCUCUUCCUAUUCUACUUAACAAACCUGUUCAAGGACUUGGAACCAGGAGUUUUGACUCCACAGCUAAGAUCCCCCUCCUUUAUUGAUGAUAUUGCUUUCAUAGUCACAGGCCCCUCUGAGCAGGCUAACUCCAAGGCAUUGGAGGUAGUAGCCAGAAGGGCCUGGAGUUGGGCAGCUGACAAUGUAAUAGUAUUUGAUGAUCCCAAGACAGAACUCAUGCACUUUUACAAUAAAACAAGAGACUUUACUACCAACUCCCCUGUCACUCUUCCUCAUGGCACUGUUGUCUUCCCUUCUCAGCAUCUUAGAUGUGUAGGAGUUUGGCUUGACAGGAAGCUUUUGUUUAACUACCAUGUGAAACAGAAGACAGCUGCAGCAACUAGGGCACUUAACAUGAUUUCUAGAUUAUCCAACUCAGAAUGGGGCCUUUCAGCACCAGCAAUGAGGCAACUAUACUAUACCUGCAUUACUCCAAUAGCUGACUAUGGAGCAGAGGUCUUGUGGAAAGGUCAAAUUGGUCUUGCUAACAAGUUACAGAAGUUGCAGGCAGAGGCAAACAGAAGAAUCUUGGGGGCUUUCAGAACUUCACCAACUGCUGCAAUGGAGAUUGAAGCAGCGACCCUUCCCAUUCCAUUGAGACUUGACAGACAGUAUAAGAGAUAUGCUUACAGAGUUUUACAGAUCCUGUCAGACCAUCCUAUCAGGCAGAGAACACCCAGCUCAUUCCCAAGCACCCUUUCCUCAUCCAUUCCACUAGACAGACCAUGCUCCUCCUCCUCUGAGAGUGACAUAUCUUGGACCUCUACCUACAAGCAACAUAACAGAACAUACUUGUGGAAUCCUCAGCAUGAGCCAUAGAGCAAGAUGCAGGCUGAUUGGAGGAAAACUGAUUCUGAGCAAGCCAAGUUCCCCACCCAACUAAUAAAAGUGUUAAAUACACUAAGUUCAUUCCUGCCUGUAGGACAAGAUGUUGAACAGUGUUACCCAAACCUGCAACUACCCUGGGAUACCAACCUGCCUGACACCACCUCCAGACUUGACAUCACUAUCAGCCAGGAAGACAAAGACACUGUAGCCAAAAGUCAUAUUACUCUCCUCAACUCCCUCAACAAUUCAGAAAACCUUGUUCUCUACACAGAUGGAAGUGAACUGCAAAAUGGAAGAGUAGGAGCAGGAGUGGUAAUGAUGCAUGGUGGUGGGAUUGUUGGAAGAUAGAGAGAUGGAUUAGGAUGUGGGAUGAAGGUGUAUGAUGGGGAAUUGGUAGGUAUUGUCAGAGCACUCACAGAAGCCAGCAGGUCCAGCCUAUCCUUCAAGCACAUUUGGGUUUUCACAGACAACCAAGCAGCAAUCAGCAACUCUCACAGACUCUCUCCCCACCCUGGACAACAAAUUUCUCAACAGAUUCAACAACUUACAAAGGACCUUCUAUCCUCUGACCUGGACUUACAGCUUCAUCUCCAUUGGAUACCAAGUCACAGUGGUAUUCAAGGUAAUGAUGAAGCUGACAGACUUGCAAAACAAGCAGCUGAGUAUCCCCAACCUGAUAUAGACAGUUAUCUCUCACUGACCAAAUUGAAGACACAGAUCAAGCAGUCUGCCCUUAAAGCCUGGCACCAGUACUGGACACAGCUACAACCAGCUAAACAGGGCAGAUAUCAUAGGUCUAUCCACUUCUACCUACCUUCUCUGCAUCCUCCACUACACUUCUUUCAGCUCCACAGACCACAACUUGCAACUGUCACCCAACUUAGACUUGGGCAUGGCUACUUCAAUUCCUAUCUCAGCAGAUUGGAUGAGAAUGUUAGUGACAGAUGCAGUUGUACUAAGAGCACACCACCACCACAGACACCAGAACACCUGAUCCUAUACUGCAGCAGAUACCAACAGCAUAGACACCUCCUA